AUGGCAGACAGUAACUUCGGAGUUGUUGAGAUUCUGAGUAUCCUUUUUAUACAAGGAUCUCAGAACAUGUUGUCAUCACAGAGAUUGGGAGGACAGGAGGCAGGGCUCUACAAGCCGAUUGAGGGACUCCAGGGUCCCUGCAAGUCACCAGACCACGAUCUGGAGCACAGAAAGAAGAUGCCGUGUGUCCAAGCCAUCGGACAGUGCUACCCAGACUACCAAUUCACCCCAGAAACCUUUGAGAAGCUGUACUGCAGUGACAAGUUCCCUUAUGAUGAGAAACUAAAGGACUGGGUUAGGAAGCUGGUGCAUCAGUCUGGAAUUGAAACCAUUCCUUCUUCUAUCAACCCAGAGCAGUUCGAUAAGGAACCUAUUCCUUUUGAUCCCAGCAUCCCCGUGGACGAGCACAACUUGUACAGACGAGCUAAGGACCCCUGGUGUCCGACCACCCACGAGAGAUCCCUCAUCUGGGAGAAAUUCGCUCCCAAACUUACUAUUGGAGCUGCUAAGGAUGUGAUCAGGGAGUGGGGAGGAGAUCCUAUGACUAUAACUCAUGUCAUCACCAACACAAGUUCAGGAACACACAUGCCAGGUCUAGAUCUGGCCGUAGUGGACGCUUUGGGUCUCAAGAACAUCCGACAGAGGAUAUGCGUGGAUAACACCGGGUGUUACGGCUCCUUCUCAGCUCUGACCGUGGCUCAGGCCUUCUGUGCGGCUGAACCGGAUGCUGUGGUGCUGGUGACUUGCACCGAAGUCUGCUCAGUUCACAUUAACAAGCACAGCAGGGACAGAAGUGAAAUUCUGGGUAAUAUCAUUUUUGGAGACGGAGCUACUUCAGCUAUCCUCUCAGCAGGACAGAAGGGAGACUGGCAGAUGUCCCCAAUAAGGAUGGUAACAGCACCCCCCAGUACCCGAGACUACGUUUCUGUAAAGCUGACUGACCAGGGAUACCUGCUCUACCUCAGCAAGUACCUGGCUCCUUGUCUUCACACUGCUGUUAAGCCCAUGUGGAGGGACAUGCUCAAGGACUCUCUAGGAGUCAAGGAUUCUCAUGACUGCGACUGGGCAGUGCACCCCGGAGGUAAAGCUGUUAUCAACGUGUUCCACUCCGAGGAUCUGGAGAUGAACUUGUCCAAAGAAGACCUGGAACCUUCCUGGGAGUCUCUCCGUCACCAUGGUAACCUUGCAGCUCCUUCUAUUCUCCUUGUAGUCAAAGCAGUCCUGGAACGCACUGCUGAGACUGAGAAAGAUAAAGUAUUUGUUAUAGGUUUUGGACCCGGUAUGGUCAUCAAAUACUACGGAUUGACCAGGAAAGAAUAAACCGGCAAUAGUUUCUAUUUCCUGUGAAAACCCGCGGAAUUGUAGCAGGUUGAUCUAGGUAGGUUACCAUGGUAACUAGGUAGGUUACAAUGGUGAUCUAGGUAGGUGAUCUUGGGAGAUGGAUUGAUAUUUUAAAUGGGGGUUUUGGGGGUUUUUAUGGUUCUAUCCGAUGAUUUGGGAGGAUGUUAGAAGUGCUAUCUUCAAUAUUGUAAGGGUUGAUGGUUUAAGAUAUGAGAGGAAAUGUUGUACGAUCCGUGACCGAGAGACUAAACAGUAAAUAGCAAUUAAUAAGUAAUA